AUGGGUUUCAUCCAGCUGGACUCGAGAGGUUUCGCCCUUGUUGGCCUCCUGGUGUUUGUUGCUUAUGUUGUCGCAACGCUUCGCCAAUGGGCGCGAUUGAGACACUUCAAGGGGCCCGCUCUCGCUGGGUUCUCUCAGUUGUGGCUUAUUUCAUGUGUUGGUGGCGGCAGAACUCAUCUUGACCUCUGGGAAGCAUGUAAGAAAUAUGGAGAUAUCGCACGUGUUGGACCAAACGACCUCAUCACCUCUGAUCCAGACUUGAUGAAACACAUGCUCAAUGUUCGCACACUCUUUCAACGCUCAAACUGGUACGAUGCCAUGCGACUAGAUCCUACCAAGGACAACGUCCUAUCUCAGCGCAAUGACGAUUUGCAUGCUACUACUCGUUCCAAAAUGGUCGGAGCGUACUCCGGCAAAGAAGUUGACAAUAUUGAGACAACCGUUGACACCAACGUUGAGCGCCUGAUUGAAUUGCUUGAUACUAAAUACAUUUCUAAUAACAAAGCUUUCGACUUUGGCUACAAGGCGCAGUAUUUUACCCUGGAUGUUAUCUCUUCUCUCGCUUUUGGCGAGCAGUUUGGCGAUUUGGAAACCGACUCUGACGUCAACGGUUACAUCAAAGCAAUGGAAGAGAGCAUGCCUACUAUCAUUGUUACGACUGUGAUGCCAUGGAUGAUGAAACUGCUACAACUGCCUGUUUUCAAACCUAUGCUACCGUCGGAAAAGGACAAGGUCGGUGUUGGCAGGGUCAUGGCUAUUGCUAAGAGAGUUGCUGUGGAUCGUUUCGGUCCCAAUCCAAAGGAACACAGAGACAUGAUCGGAUCUUUCAUUGCCCGAGGACUACUUCAACACGAAGUGGAAUCAGAGAUUCUCAUGCAGAUUCUAGCUGGAGCUGAUACUACAGCAACCGCAAUUCGGGCAACUGUGCUGUAUAUCCUCUCUACACCUCGAGUGAUUGAGAAAAUGCGAGCCGAAAUCGAUCAGGCUAGACCUAGUUUACCUGUCAUCACAGACAACGAAGCACGUGCCAUGCCAUAUUUACAGGCUGUCGUCAAGGAAGGUCUUCGAAUUCAUCCACCAGUUGUCGGUCUCAUGUCAAAGGAAGUUCCUGCCGGUGGUGAUACCUUCAAAGGAAAGCACUUGCCAGGCGGAACAAAGAUUGGAUACUGUGCUUGGGGAAUAUUCCGUCGACGAGAUAUCUGGGGUGAAGAUGCUGAUGAAUUCCGCCCUGAACGUUGGCUUGAGAGCUCAGAGGAACAGCUUCACCUAAUGGAAGGCACCCUUGAGCUUGUUUUUGGCUAUGGAAGAUGGCAAUGUCUGGGAAAGACCAUUGCACAGAUGGAAUUGAAUAAGGUUUUCGUCGAGCUUAUCCGUCGCUUUGAUCUUUCAGUGGUGAAUCCUAUCAACCCAUGGCACUCAAUCAAUGUUGGGAUUUUCUUGCAAUCGGAAUACUGGAUCCGAGGAUACAGACGGAUGAAUUAA